AUGAAGAACUUCGCUACCGUUGCGGCCCUUGCUGCCGGUGCCAAUGCCUUCGUUGGCAGGAGCAACAAUUGCUGUUUCCAUCUGACUGCAUCCGGCGGCGAGUCUGGAACCGUUGGUCAACUUGAUGAUGGACAGAACCGCAUUCACGGUGGAUUGCAAGAAGCUGAGUUUUGCAUCGACUCCAAGGGUGCUCUCACAGAUGGACACGGUCGUGGAUGCAUUAUUACUGGUCCAUCUACACAAUUCCAGUGUGAUGAGGGGGCCACGCCUAUGACCGGUUGGUCUAUCGACUCGCAGGGUCAAGUAUCAUAUAAUGGUGAUGCGGAUUUUGUUGCAUGUGCGACUGGCCAGAACGGCGGGUUGAAUAUCUAUACCACCGAGAGCUCUGAUGUGACUGGAUGCAAGGAUAUCAAGUUGUCUGCCGACUCUUGCUCUGGCUCUGCUUCUGGCUCUAGCUCGGUCGCUGUCCCUGGCUCCAGUACUCCUGUCCCUGGCCCAUCCUCUAGUGCCUCUACUCCCUACGUUCCUGGUCCCUCUUCUAGUGCCUCUGUACCUUAUGUUCCUGGGUCCAGUGGAUCUGCUGUCACCCUUCACACGACUGUGACCUCGACCUACUGCCCCGAGUCAUCGACUGUGCCUGUUAUUCCCGGUACCCCUGGAACCCCUGGUGUCCCCGGAACGUCUGCUACUCCCGGUGUCCCUGGCACAUCUAGUGUUCCAGUUAUUCCCGUCACAUCUGGUACCCCUGGCGUCCCUGGAACUUCGGGCGGCCAGCCCUCCCAGACUGCGUCCAGCGCCCAACCGUCUGGUACUACAACUGCAGGUGGAAGCUGCCCCACGGAUCUCUCUGGCGAAUAUGAAUUCCCUCACUUGAUCAUCCCUAUCGACUCUUCCUCACCAGAUACGGCCGCUGGCACAUCUUACAACGGCACCAUCUCGUCCACCGUCUCGACCAUUUUCAACUUUGAUAUCCCCUCAUCUGACACCGGAAAGACGUGUAGCCUUGUCUUCCUCUUCCCCAAGAAGGAGGAUCUUGAGACUUCGUCUUAUUCCUUCAGCGGCGACGGCAAGGUUGACUUCGCUUCCCUCCAAUCCGCUGCUACCCAGUCUACCACCUACAGCAACGCCCCAGCAGUCAAGGAAGACUAUGGGGACUUCACUAUCUCCCCCGGUAACUCCUAUCUCGUUUCGACUUUCGAGUGUCCGGCGGGUCAGACCGUCAGCUACGAAAUGAAGAACUCCGGCAGCACCGAGCUGGAUUUCUUUGAAGAUUACAACCCAUCCCCUCUCGGUCUGUACAUCACUGUUUGCUAG